GGGCAGGGCAGCCAAAAGAAAUGGCACAUGGUACAUGAGGUGAAUUCAGCCCAUGGAGGGGCUUGGGAAAUCCACAGAGCCAGCAAUUCAGGGAGCUGUUCCAGAACACGACCAGGGCAGGCGGAAAUGGGAAUGCGGAAGGCCCCCGUCCCGUUGUCAGCCCUAUCACUAGAGAAUAAAGGGAACCCCCAUGAGGCGCUGUGCUGGAAGGACGGGUAGUAGUGAGGGAAUGCGAAUCCACUGGCGGCUGGCGAGGUGAGCCGUGACAGCAGGUUUCGCCAGAAGUGGUGGGCAAGAAAGCUUGUUCUGCAUCACCACCAAGAUUGGUGCGCUGGUGCUGUGGGAGUUUCUCAAGCCAUUCAUCGCGAGAUUCCGGCAAGGCCGGCUACCCACCUGGCAAGUUUCUGGAUUUCAGCCUUCGCGGUUUUCGGUGGGUUCUCUCAGUGGCCACAAUGGUGAAGAGUUGAGCCUUAGGCGAGGGAUGAAAUGACCGUAGAAGCGAAGAAAGCAUGUAUAAGGCGAGUUCUGAGACACGCGUAGCGUAGUGGAGUGUUUCGUCUGUCUUCCGUCACCCCUCUAGCCGCUCUUCGGCCGGCGGCAAGCGGAAGCUGAAGACAUUGGAAGCGGGAGCGGAGGCGGAAGCGGAAGCGGAAGCAGGAGUGGAAGCGGAAGCGGAAGCGGAAGUGGAAGCGGAAGCGGAAGCGGAAGCGGACAGAGCGCGCGCUGGUGAAGCCACUGGGCUAAGCCAGGGAAGGGAGAAGGGAAAAGGAGCAGCAGGAAAGGCAGGGACGAGAGGGAAGAGGAGCGGACGCAACGAAAGACAAGCGCAGCGAACGGAAAGAGAGCCACAAAUGGGCGGGGCGUGCUCCCGUCGACUUCGCCCCAACUCCGGCAGCUACGGCGGCAUCCACGGCGCCACCACCGGCGGUGGAGGCGGAGCGAUGGGGGGAAGCGCCAGCCGCGGGAGUGUGAGCGCGGCGGGCGUGUUCGCGAGCGAGCGGCGGCAUCUGCACCACUGCCACCAGCACUGCAAGGGGCCGCGCUACCACUGCGACGGCGCGGCGGUGCACGUGGACUGGGACGAUGCUGACGACUGGGAGGAAGGUGGCGAGGAGUUACCGUGGUCGACGACGUCGAUUCCCAUCGCCACGUUGAGCCAGCGAACCCCCUCAGGUACCAGCAGAUGCAGCGCCAACAGCCGCCCAGGCAGUCUAACCACUGGAAAUGGUGACAGCAGCCGGUGCGGCAGCAACAGCCUCGGCAGCAGCCUCGGCAGCAUCUCCAGCAGUAGCCUCGGCAACAGCCUCGGCAGCAGCCUCGGCAGCAGCUCAAGGAGUGGCACCACCAUCAGCGACGGCAGCAUGAGCAUCACUCGCAGCACGAGUGAGGCGGGUAAUCUGCAUCUGUCCGAGUCUCCUGGGAUUGGAAACCUGCUUGGCAGGAACAGGCGAAGCGAGAGUGCACGCGUGAGCGCGACUGGCGGUGGCAGCAUGCGCAGUGAAGUGUCGACUGGAGAGAUUCGCAGGGGUGAGGGCGAGCAGAGAGGAGACAAUGUGGUCAUGUGGCUCGAUGCGAACGUCACUGUCUCUGACAGUGAUGGCAGUGGUGCUGACGGUGGUGCUGUCGCGGAUUCGACCCCUUCUGGUGAUCGUACUGGGCCUGCUUCUGUUACCGCUGCUGCUGCUGCUGCUGCUGGUAAUUCUGCUGCGGCUGCAGCGACUGUCGCCAGUCUUACUGCCGCCACUGCCGCAGUCUGUCGCUCCAGAGGAGCAACGGUGACAGCAGCAGGAGCAGCACGAGGCACAGUGGCAGCACCAGGAAUAGCACAAGGCACGGUGGCAGCAACGGGAGGAAGGGGAGUUCCAGUAUUCACAGCAAGAGCAGCGAACGCAGGUGCGAAGCCGUGCGCUCUUACUUCCUAUGAACCCAUUGCUGCAACACCAGCCAACCGUGGAGGGCUCACCAGCGGCGACCCUUUCAGCAACCGGUUGUGCUCGUGCUGCUGCUGUCACUGCUGCUACGCCCUGGCGUUCCUCUCUGGCCGCUGGGAACCACCAGAAGAGCUGCAGCAGCAGCAGCAGCAGCAGCAGCAGCAGCUGCAGCACCAGGCGAGUCAGCAGCAGCAGCAGCAGCAGCUGCUGCAGCACCAGGCUAGUCAGCAGCAGCAGCAGCAGCAGCUGCAGCAGCUGCAGCACCAGGCAAGUCAGCAGCAGCAGAGCCAGCAGCAGCAGCUGCUGAGGGCGAGGAGCUUGGGCACAGGAGCAGGAGGAAUGGCGGUGGUGAGGGCUGGUGGCGGCAGAAGCAAUGCGGUCAUCAGCAGAACCACCGUCAGGAGCAACAGCAGUGGUGGCAGCAGCAGCAGCUUUAGCAACAGCAGCGGCAGCAGCAGCAGCGGCUGUGGGGGCGGCAGCAGCAGCAUGGGAAGGCGUGUGGCAGGAGGGCGGUGGCCAGCUGGCAUGGCCAGGCUGUCACUUCAGGAGCUUGCCACGCUGGCAGUCUGUCGUGAUUUAAUUCGCCAGCCAUCAGGCUACCCGCCCUCCAAGCUCGCGCGGCUCUCCCCACACGUGCUGCAGUCGCUGCUCAGCGUGCUGGUGCACGUCAGGGAGCUCUCCCUGCCUCUCCUGCGUGCUCUGCCCGCUCCUCUCCUUGAGUCGCUUCCCCUGGCGCACUACCCCAACCUCAACGACGGCUGGUUGGAGCUGCUAGCGCCCCAUGCUCCAACUGUGCUCUCUAUCGACCUCUCCUUUGCUGCCACUGUCACCGAUGCUGGGAUACUCAAGCUGCUCUCUGGCGCGCCUCCUGCUGCUGCUGCUGCACUCACUGCUGCUGCUGCCACUAGUGCUGCUGCAAGCAAUGCUGCUGCAAGCAAUGCUGCUGCCAUAAAUUCUGCUGUUUCUUGCUGUGACGGGGGCUAUUGCAGUGGCUACGACAACAACACCCCUCCCUUCUGCUCCCCGCUUACCUCCCCUCUCACCUCUCCGCGCACCCCUCCCCUCUCUCCCUCCUCUCUCAACCCCCCCUCCGUCUCCAUCCCCCGUCCCUCAACCCUUCCCUCCUCCUCCUCCUCCUCCCUCCCUCUCUCCUCCACUCCAACCUCCACUCUCGUUCCUCCCGCCCCAUCCCCCCUCUUAGCCUCUCGCCCCACUCCUCUUAGAGGGCUAACCACACCCCAGGGCCGAGCCAUGUCCUCGCCCACACUGCCCACCAUACCCCUUAUGGGCAGCCCUGCUAACAGCAGCAACUCUCAGGAAGACCUGUCGGACGGAAGCUCCUCAGAAGGAGCGUUUCUGGAGCUGAGUCUCGGGGGGGAGGACGAAGGGGUGGAGGAGGGGAGGAGGGGAGGGGAGGUGGGGGAAGAGAGGGAGGAAAAUAGGGUAAUAGAGGAGAGUGAGGCGCGGAUGCGUAUGCUAACAGGGAGGAUAGAGAGGGCUGGGGAUGCUUUUUACAGCAAAAAGCGACAGAGGGAGGCUGGAGCAUCAUCAUCAGCAUUAGCAUCAGCUGCAGCCAGCACUACAGCUGCAGCUACAACUGCAGUUGCAACUCUGGCUACAGCAGCCUCUCCGCUGCAUGCUUCCCAGCUUCGCUCCCUGUGCCUUGACUGGUGCCUCCAGAUCACGGACGAUGCAUUUGAGCCUCUCUCUGCCUGCCACCACCUCGCCUCUCUCAGCGCCCGUGGCUGCAACCGCCUGUCCGCUGCUGCUCUCACCCACAUCGCCCACCUGCCCUGCCUAGCCCACCUCAACCUCGAGAUGUGUGGCCUGCUCAAGGGGGGCAUGCGCCACCUGACAGGCCUUUCCACCCUCCUCUCCCUCAACGUCGGCUGGUGCACGUCUCUGGACGAUGAGGACAUGGCAGCCAUUGCGCGCCUCUCCUCGCUGCGAUCGCUCAAUGUCUCGCGAUGCAAGAUCACAGACACAGGGCUCACAGCGCUGCUCAGAGCUCUCUCCUCUCUCACCACUCUCAGCAUGGCAGGCUGCCAGCACGUCACAGAUGCGGCCUUCUCUCUCGUCUCCAAUCUCCAUGGGCUGACGGAACUCAAUGCGGAGUGGUGUGCGCAGCUCACCAACACAGGCCUCAAGCACCUGCAAGCUCUCACGCGCCUCACAUCGCUCAACCUGGCGUACACUCGCUUUGGAGUCAUCGACACCCCCACCAACCGAAGCAUGCAGGCCGCACCUUCCUUCCUCUCCUCCUUGCGCUCGCUCCGCCACCUCAACCUGGAUUCGUCGCGGGUCAACGACCUUUCCAUGGCAGAGCUGGCUGGUCUGACGGCCCUCGAGUCGCUUGAUCUGUCGGACACCACAGUGGGAGAUGCGGGCAUUCGCAAUUUCACUGCCAUGGCUCGUCUCUCCACGUUGAGCCUGAGCUACUGCAACGUCACGGACGGCGGGGUUGCCAGCAUCGCCCACCUCUCCGCCCUCUCCUCUCUCUCGCUCGACUCGCGCUCCAUCUCCGAUGCGGGGCUCAAGCGCCUCUCAGGCCUCACUAACCUCACCAGCCUGGACCUGUUUGGUGCGCGUGUGACUGAUGAGGGCCUGGCAGUGAUUAAGGGCUUCAAGAAGUUGCAGGUGUUGGAGGUGUGUGGGGGCGGCAUCACCGACAAGGGAGUGAAGCACCUCGCGUCACUGCCUCGACUGGCCUCCCUCAACGUGUCUCAGAACCAGCGCGUCACCGACACCGGCAUUAAGGCUCUGGCAGCGCUCACUUCUCUCGAAACGCUCAACCUGUCGGGGUCAGGGGUUACCCUCAACGGACUCUCCCACCUGCUUCCCCUCUCUCGCCUCACCUCCCUCUCCUUGCACGGAUGCAAGGUCUAUCGAGCCCAGCUUAACCACCUGCUCAUCUCCCCUCUCUGCGACUGGGACCCAAGCCUGACUGUCACAGGAGUCAACUAGAGAGAGAUGGAAAAACCGUUUCGGGUAGGGGCCGAGCGUCUUACCAUAGAGGGUGUUGCUGUUGGUGUUUGUAGAGCAUGCAAGGGACGCGUUGAACGUGGGCGCGAGCUGAAAUGCCUGAUCCGAAGCUACCGGUACAUGCUGUAUAGAAGUGUCUCUUUGUACAUAUGUAAUAAAAAAGGUUCAUAGCC